AUCCAUAACCCCCCCCUCCUCGUCGUCGGCGUUCUCCUCCUCCUCCUCCUCCUCCUCCUCCUCCCCCUCCCCCUCAGCAUUCACACAGGAUGCUCGGUGUGUGAUGAGGAGGCUUCACUCUGAGGACUCGUUGCUAAGCGCCGGCUGCGUGUCGUCUCUGGAGCUCAGGAUGGACCAAUCAGUGCUCAUCAAGCCAGUGCACUCCUCCCUCUUGGGACAGGACUACUGCUUCGAGGUCACCACCUCCACGGGGACCAAGUGCUUCUCGUGCCGGUCGGCAGCAGAGAGAGACAAGUGGAUGGAGAACCUCCGCCGGGCGGUGCACCCCAACAAGGACAACAGCCGGCGGGUGGAGAACAUGCUGGUGGUGUGGGUGGUGGAGGCCAAGGACCUGCCCCACAAGAAGAGGUACUUCUGUGAGCUGUGUCUGGAUGACAGCCUCUACGCUCGGACAUCUUGUAAGCUGAAGACUGACAACAUAUUCUGGGGUGAGCGCUUCGACUUCAGCAGCCUGCCGUCCGUUGCCUCCGUCACGCUCCAUCUCUACAAGGACACCGACAGGAAGAGGAAGAAGGACAAGAGCAGCUACGUGGGGCUGGUCAAUAUUCCGGUGGCCAUGGUGACCGGCAGGCAGCUGGUGGAGAAGUGGUACUCCGUCAGCACGCCCAGCACCCUCCGAGGGAAGUCGUCGGUGCCGACGGUGCGCGUCAAAGCUCGGUACCAGAGCAUCGUCAUCCUCCCCAUGGAGCAGUACAAAGAGUUUGCAGAGUACAUCAGCUCCAACUACCUGCUGCUCUGCAACACUCUGGAGGCCUCCAUCAGCCUGAGAGCCAAAGAAGAGCUCGCUGCUGCUCUCGUGCACAUCUUGCACAGCACGGGCAAGGCCAAGGACUUCUUGACCGACCUGAUGAUGUCGGAGGUGGACCGUUGCCGUGACAAUGACCAGCUGAUUUUCAGAGAAAACACGCUGGCAACAAAGAGCAUCGAAGAAUACUUGAAGCUGAUCGGACAGAAGUACCUGCAGGACGCUAUCGGCGAGUUCAUUAAAGCUCUAUAUGAGUCAGAUGAGAACUGUGAGGUCGACCCAUCUCGUUGUGCCAACUCGGAUCUCGCAGAGCAUCAGGCCAACCUGAGGAUGUGCUGCGAACUCGCCUUCUGCAAGAUCCUUGAGUCAUACAGGGUCUUCCCCCGGGAGCUGAAGGAGGUGUUCGCCUCAUGGAGACAGGAGUGCAAUAGCCGUGGGCGAGCGGACAUCAGCGAGCGCCUCAUCAGCGCCUGUACAUGUUACUUGUUUGUAUGUGGUCCUGUACAUGUUACUUGUAUGUGGUCCUGUACAUAUUACUUGUAUGUGGUCCUGAACCUGUUGGCUCUUGCCUGUGAUUGUAGGUUUGGGACUAAAGAGGAGUACAUGUUGUUCAUGAAUGACUUUGUGGAGCGGCAGUGGAGCAGCAUGCAGCGUUUCCUGCAGGAGAUCUCCAAUCCUGACGGACUGAACCACACCGCCGGCUUUGAUGGAUACAUCGACCUCGGCCGAGAGCUGUCCAGCUUGCACACCCUGCUGAUUGAGCUGGAUCAGUCAUGCCUGUCAAAGCUGGUUCCUCUUCCUCGGAUCAUCAGAGAGGUGUCGGCAGCACUGGCUAAUCCGGGAGGCGUGGUGAAUCCAGGGAGCGUGGCCAUGUCGUCUCCAGAGCCUCAGCGUGUGGUGUCCCCGCCCCCUCUGUCCCCGCCCCCUCUGUCCCUGCCUCCUCUGUCCCCGCCUCCUCUGUCCCCGCCCCUCUCGCCUCCUCUGGCGGCUUGUAAUCCCUCUAUUGGCCUGCAGGGUGGCGUCGGACUGGAUGGAGGUUUGAUAGACUUCACUAGACUUCCCUCACCGACUCCAGAGAACAAAGACUUGUUCUUCGUCACCAAGGGAUCCUGUCUGCAGCCGGCAUCAGGUCUGCAGGGCUCCCCGGCGGCGAGCUCGUCGUACUCUGAGCCCAAUGAAAACGAGGCUGGUUUUGAAAUGACAAAUGGGGGCCGGAGGGAGGGGCCGGAUCUGACCAAUGAGAGCCGCAGUCUGUCUCUGGUCGACUUGCAGGACUCCUUCCCGAGCGACGGCCUCGACGACGGCCAAUGGCAGCGCAGGACGGGACUCCUGCCCCUCUCCUUCCAGAACCCUGUGUAUCACAUGACCGCCACGUCGCCGCGGCAACCGCUGCAACCGACAGACGCCACUCCCUCGGACGGCUCGGCGGGGUCACAGGGGGGCGCCGAGGCAACCAAACCGGCGUUUCUCACCCAGAUGUCUGUGGGGCUGGGCGGGGCGGAGCGGGGGGAGAGGAUCUCAGCCAUGUCCAGCAGCAGCAGUGGAGAGGAAUACUCACGACGAGCUCUGACUGAGACUCUCACAGGAAGCUCGGCCCCCUCUCGCCAGACCUCCUCAGGUCCUCAGAGACGCAUCGAUCAGCCUCCCCCACCCUCCUCUGCUCCUCCUGGACCUCCUCGAGGUCGGACUCCUCCCAGCAUGCUGAUCGGCGGGGGAGGCCCCGCCUAUCCUGCUCGCCCCGCCUCCGGCAGCAUGAUGUCAUCGAGUCCCGAUUGGCCGGGCAGCGGCCAGUCACGGCUCAGACAGACGUCCUCCUCCUCUAAAGGAGACAGCCCAGAGAAACAGCGCCCCACGGCCAAGGCUCCGUCUCCAUGUGCGUUGGACCGGACAGCCGCCUGGCUGCUCAACAUGAACUCCGCCUCCUCCUACGGCGAGACGGAGGAUGAGCGCCAUGAGGACGCCCUCAUAGAGAAGUACCAUCAGGAGAUUGCGUUGCUGCAAGAAAAGUUGCGAGUUGCAGCAAUGCGGCAGGACGAGUGUGAAGCCCGACUGCUGGUCCAGGAUCAGCAGAACCAGCGAAUGCUGCAAGAGUACCAGGUGCGGUUGGAGGACACAGAGAGCAGACUGAGGCGUCUGCAGGACGAUAAAGAUCUCCAGAUGAACAGCAUCAUCAGCAGGUUGAUGGCAGUAGAGGAGGAGCUGAAGAAGGACCACUCUGACAUGCAGGCUGUGGUCGACUCCAAACAGAAGAUCAUAGAAGCACAGGAGAAGAGGAUCUGCAGCCUGGAUGCAGCUAACGGGCGGCUAAUGGCGGCGCUAGCUCAGCUGAAGGAGCGUUACGCCGUGACAUCCCAGAGGAAUGGCCUAUCGCCUAGCAACACGUCCUCUCUGCAGAUCACAGAGAAUGGAGAGUUCCGUAACUCCGGAAACUGCUGAGCUCUGAUUGGCACUGACCGCAGCCAAGAGGAGGGGCUAACCCAUUUCCCACACCUUUUAAUCAACCAAUUACAGACCUGUCAAUCAACUCUCAUCUGACAUGGAGGGGGAUCUGACCUCUGACCCCUGACCAUGUUGCUAGUUUUCCCCCUUAAUUCCAGUUUUUGUUUUGCACGUUUCCUUUAUGAACGUUUUACGAAGUCUGACAUCUGAUCCUGCUUUCCUUUUGCUACUGAAACGCCCAACAAACUGCACGUCUUUAUGUUAGCGCAACCACCUGUAUGUGGCUCUGGUCUCAGUGGUGUAACUCCACCUGUAUGUGGCUCUGGUGUUUAUCUUUAAGAGACACAAAUCAACUGUGUAUAUCUAUAUAUAUAUAUACACACACAUCAUGUUCUAGGCUCUUUUUGUUUAGAAUUGGAAAGGAACAAGAUGCCGGGGACGCUGUUAGCUUAGCUUGUUGGCCUUCUAGGCUUCCGUAGUUCAGAGAGUUAACGUUAGUUUGUGUUUCAGAACUUGGUCUCAGUUGGUACUAGUCUACGCAUUGAGAGACCAGAAUGUACUGGUUUUAAUGUUACACCAGAUGUAUCGUAAACACACAUGUAAUGAACAUUUUGAACAACCACGUCUGCUGUCAUAGACUCUACUGGACUCUACUGGGAACCCCUAAACUCUACUGGACUGUUCUGAUAACCUCUAAACUCUACGAGACUCUGCUGAAGACCCCUAAACUCUACUGAAGUCUACUGGAAACCCCUAAACUCUACUGGACUCUACUGAAAACCCCUAAACUCUACGAGACUCUACUGAAAACCCCUAAACUCUACUGGAGUCUACUGGAGACCCCUAAACUACACUGGACUCUUAAUAGAAACCACUAAACUCUACUGGACUCUACUGAGAAUCCCUAAACUCUACUGGAAACCACUAGACUACUGAAAACUACUAAACUUUACUGGAAACCACUAGACUCCAUUGGACUCUUCUGGAAACCACUAGACUCUACUGGACUCAUCUAGACUCUGUUGGAAACGACUAGACUCCACUGGACUCUACUGUGGCUUCAGUCUCUAUUCUUGUUAUUUAUUUUAAAGAGAUACUUCAAUAAACUAUUACUCUAUCAAACUUU